AUGAGUCAGGACUCAUGCCACCUAUCGCCGACUAAACCAAAUAAACUUAUCGGAUAUUAUCCCGCUUAUAAACUUAAUUUAAAACUGGGGGCAGAGUUUACUAUCAGUCCAUCAAUUGAUUAUUUAAACUUUAUUGCAUUUGGCCAAAAUGACCUUGUUAAUAAUGGCAGAAAUAAUAAUAGUGGUGGUGACCCUUUG